CAUUAAACCCUAAAGAAGAAGAAGAAGAAGAAGAACGCGGGCGGUGUUGAUGACGUAGGGAGAGGGAAAACCAAACGGUCCGCGGCGGUCUGUUCUCUGGAGGUGUUGUGAAUGUAAUACAAACAGCGGCUGUGAACAGUUGUUAAGGCGGGCAAGGAAAUGCAGAGGGCUUCCCGUUUAAAGCGUGAACUUCAGAUGUUGAGCACCGAGCCACCUCCCGGGAUAACAUGCUGGCAGACCGAAGAGCGGAUAGACGACCUCCGGGCGCAGAUAGUGGGCGGAUCAGAGACUCCAUAUGAAGGUGGACUCUUCUCCUUGGAGAUCAAAGUCCCAGAGAGGUACCCAUUCGAGCCUCCCAAAAUCCGAUUCUUGACCCCCAUCUACCACCCAAAUAUCGACAAUUCAGGACGUAUAUGCCAUGAUGCUCUCAAACUCCCGCCAAAGGGAGCCUGGAAGCCAUCCCUAAACAUCUCCACAGUCCUCACCUCCAUUCAGCUGCUCAUGGCUGAGCCAAAUCCAGACGACCCACUCAUGGCUGAUAUAUCAUCGGAGUUCAAAUACAACAAACAGAUGUUCACGGAGAAAGCCAAGAAGUGGACACAAGAACAUGCUGUUCAGAAGAACAUGGGAGUCGUGGAGAGCAACAAAGAAAAUAAUCCCCAUCAGACAGCUUCAUCCCGCAAAAGAGACGCUUUGGGUGCACAGCAGGAGGCAGAGGAGCCAGCAAAAAAAACCUGUUUGUAGUUUCUGUCUACGGGUCGCUCUUCUCCCGAGCCACCAUGUCUUCUACACCUGUCUACUUGUAACGAGAAUGGAUUUUACAUUUUAAUUUAGUACUAAUGCCUAGUUCCAUUUACUAUGGAUCCUUUCCUGUUCUUAACCCAGAAAUACUGUGCUAACAUUUAUGUGCAUAAUGUUUAUGUGUGUUGUGAUAUUAAAGUUUACAACUUAAA